GGUCCAAUUCCAAGAUGGCUGACUUACAGCAUCAGGAAAGGUGUGCUUUCUUUUUAAAAAGAAAACAGCGCUUUUGCAAGCUUGUUCCCGGCCCGGGGAAGAAGUACUGUGGUGAGCACGCCAACUCUGCUCCAGAAAACGAGAUUGGUGCAGGACGAAAACGUGUGAACUGCCCCCUUGAUCCAAAUCAUACCUGUUAUGAAGACCAACUCAAGAGACACCUCAAGAAAUGCAACUCAAGACAAGGACCUCCUCCAGUGUACCUUCAGAAAGGUGUGAACUCUGGUCUCACCUGUUCACAGAGCAAAGAAGAAGAUACAAAGAUUAGUCAUCAUUCCAUGAGCAAAGAAGAACUGCUGACAUUUGUUGAAAGAGUACAAACUGCUUACAAAGGUAGUGUUUCAGACAUACCUGUCGCAGUGCUAACUCAUGAGGGCAUGAAGGAGAUGCUUGAAGAUCCAGACAAUGGAGCCUCAGCACUCAAACACCUCAAACAACAAGCUUCCCUUAUCGGUCACCUGGAUCGCUUAGAUCUGUUAAAGUCUGAUGUCUGCUUUGUGGAGUUUGGAGCAGGAAGAGGAAGGCUGUCACAUUAUGUACAGAUGUGCCUCCCAGAACAAGCCACCUCCCACUUUAUUUUGAUUGACAGGGCCAACACCAAACACAAGUUUGAUAAGAAUGUCCGUCGAGGUGAGAAAGGACCAGACUUUGAGAGACUGAAGGUUGAUAUUGAGGACCUAAACCUAGGAUUGGUGCCCAGUAUGGCUGAACACAAGGGCCCAAUAGCAGCUAUCAGUAAACAUCUAUGUGGGGCUGCCACAGAUCUUACCCUGAGAUGUCUUAUAGAGACCCUUCCCUGCAAAAGUUCAAGAAACGCCCCCAAAGAUGUUUCACCUAGUUCCUCAGUGGGCGAAUCAGCUUCAAGAGAACACUCAGCAUCAGAAAGCACAGCCCAAAGGAACAGCACAACAGCAGGGCAGUUAGUAGAUGGUGCAACUUCAACCAUCGUCAGGGAUACAGAAGAACAAAGGGAGGACUGGGAGGAUGGUAAACAAAAGGUAUUGUUGACAUCAGGGACAGAUGGCAGCUCCAGUCCUCCAUCCAAGAGAUUAAAGGAGGAAGACGCUCAGAGUACAAGCCAAGUGGAGGGUAUUCUGAUAGCCCUGUGCUGUCAUCACCGGUGUACCUGGGCAAGUUAUGUGGGGAAUGGCUUCUUUGCUAACAUAGGCUUCACUGAAGACGACUUCUACACACUGAGGAGCAUGUCAAGCUGGGCAACAUGUGGGUUCGCAAGAGGUCAAACCAAGAACGAGGGAGGAAAUGAAGAGGAAGAGGAGGAGGAGAACAGUGGUGAAGAGGGAGAGGAGGAAAAGUAUGAACAAUCAAAGGCAGCAGCCAUCUGGAGUGUGGAAGAAAGAGAGGAGAUAGGGCGUCAGUGUAAGAGACUGCUGGACCAGGGCAGACUGUGGUACCUACAGCAGGGAGACUUCCACACACAACUGGUCCGCUAUGUGGAGACAGACGUGUCACUAGAAAAUAUAGCCAUCGUAGCAGCAAGGGGAAAACCUGCCAACACAACAUAGGGCGUAUGUUUUGGUACUUUUGUGAAUUUUGAAGCAAAUACAUAUAUUAGUACAAUGUAUAUGUAUGUAAUGGAAACAUAAAACACAGAAGAAGAAAUUACACACAAAACACUUUUUAUUUAAUCACUAAAUCAUUGAAAACCAGUUCAAACAUUACAAAACCCAUACCAUUAGUAUGAAAGUUAACACAGACACAGUACAGUAACUUCAAAAUGUUCUAAUUAUCAACCACAUAAUUGUACAAAGAGAUGGUAUCAAUACAAAUAUUUUAAAACACACACACAGUCAUUGUAUCAGCUCAUAAACAAAGCAAAUUAAGGGCAGCGGAAGGAAUUAAAUGAUUUCACAAAAAAAGUUGACGUUGGUAUAAUGUAUAAUCAAUGGUAAAAUUAUUUGCAUGGACAGCUUCAAGAAUUACCAUACAGCGCCACAGCCAUACUGCGCAAAGGAACAUCUAGACCUGCUAUUUUUACUCCACUUACAAGUAAAGGAUG